CAAAUACAUAAAUGGCACUUUUGCAGCGUAAUGACUGUCUAAUUUUAUAGCGGCUAACUGUCCAGGUUAUUACUCUCCUAUGUCCAAUGGCCGGCUGUUGUUUGCCAAGAAUAAUCACACAGAAGUAACGCGCCCACAUUGUGCUAGGUUACGAUACAACUCAAUGUAAACCAAAGGUAUGGUUCAUAAUUGUUGCGACAAUUUCCCAUUACAGCUUUAAAAGAUUGAUUUUUAUUGAUGCAGGAAUUGCUGUCCAUACAAGUGUGGAGGACGACUUCUGGGCAGUGCUUGUUGUCACUCCCAUCAUGCGUCGUGCUCAGCAGCUUGAAUCAGCCCGUGGCAUUAUAUUCGUCGACUCGACAGCAUCAUGCGACGAGACAAAAAGCAAUGUCACGGUGCUGCUUACAGCCACGAAAGCAGGAGCAGUGCCCAUCGGCGUCCUGAUACACAGUUCACAGAACACAUGUGGAUACGAAGUGGCGUUCCGAUUGCUGAAACAUCACAUCCCCUUAUGCUUCGGAAAUGCACAGGCCCCUCAUGUGUUCAUGACGGACAAUUCACGGCCCGAGAAGGAUGCGCUGCGCUCUGUCUGGCCCUCGGCACAGCAGCUGCUCUGCCAUUUUCAUGUGCUGCAGGCUGAGUGGAGGUAG